ACGCGCCGCCCGAGUUCGCGGCUGCCGAUGGCGAGCGAGAUGAGCCCGUUGUGCCGGCGCCCGAGCAGCUCGUGGCUGGUACGCUGUCGGCUGCCGGGGCCGUUGCCGAGGAGGGUGAGGGGUGUGAAAACGUCCCCACGAACGCGCAGGCGGCCCUGCAUCUGGGCCUGCUCGAGGUGUUCUGGAGGUACAAAGAGCAGUUUCUGCGACCUGGGGAAGAGAUGAGGACCUUCUUUUCUGUGGCGAUGGGCGGUGGGCGGGAAGGCGGGGGAGAGGUGGCGUGGGAGGAUGCCCAUGGCGUUGUGCUGUGGAAGGCGGUUGUGGAGAUCGCCGUCGGAAGGUUUGAGGCCUGGUGGAAGGUGGUUGGUCGUGAGACCGAGGCGGCGAAGUGGGGGGAGCGACAGGGCGAGGGCGAGAGUGCGAAGUGCGUGCCGACGGAUGGGCCGGGCAGGAAGGUCACGGAGUUGCCGGCGGAGAUGCUGCCGCCUGUCGAUGUCCUCAUCGUUUGGCAUAGCUUUCUGCUUAAUCCCAGGUGUUAUUACGACGAUUGCUUUGCGCUGGGGAUGCCCGGGAUGUUGGCGGUGGCUUUUCCGUGGGAGGCUAUUAACAAAGCAGUCGAUCUGAAGACGCUCGACUUCACGCUCUCUGCAGAUGCAAAGGCUUUCUUCAAGGUGGCUACCUCUCAGGAAGUAGACUUGUUCGCCCAACUCAAGAAGGAAUCGUUCUUCAAACCCCGUCUGCCCACGCUCGAGAUCGUCUGUCCGAAAUGCGAGCACGAGCACAAGCUUCCCAUCACCUCGAUCGAUUCCACCGCAAAUUCCUGGCACAACCCAAACCUGUCCCUCGCCUGCGCCUGCGGAUUCGCCAUUACCCAUGACGCUCUCUGCGCUGAGCGACUACGGCAGGACUACCGGCAAGUCCUAGCAGGUGGCCCAGGCAUCAGGGGGACCUUCUCACCGCCGUUCGAACGCGGCGACACAGUCAACACACAGAUCAAGCAGCACUUCGCUGGCGCACCCCCAACCCUGCCCUCUUACCCCACUCUGAUCACCCUUCUCUCCAUCUUCCAGCACCCACAACAAGUGGCGCCCUUCUACCUCCCCACAUCGCCGCAAUCCUCGGCGUGCAUAUCCCUCUCCGCCGCCGUCAUCCGGCAAGAAACGUUCGUGAACAAAAUGCACCACUUCCUCUGGGUGCGCUCGCCGACGCUCUUCACAGGCACGCUCCCGCGCGCCAGAGAGAAAUACACCAACUUCUUCCGGCUCUUCACCUUAUUCCCGGGGGAAACAAUGGUCCCCACACUGGACGUGGACGUGUUCUGGCACACGCACCAGUUGACGCCGGCACGGUACUACUACUUCUGCCUGCAACCAUCAGCAGCCAGCAGAUUCAUCGACCACGACGACAAGCUCCCCACGGACGUGCUAGACAACGGGUUCGAGCGCACGGGGAACAGAUAUAGAGACUCUUUCGGCCUCGAGUAUGGCGGCUGCUUCUGCUGGGCGUGCGAGAUCGAGCGCGAUGAGGCGCCCCAGGGCGGCUGGUGGAAGCGUGCAAGACGCGAGAAGAGGAGGCGCUGGGAGAUGCGCGUGAAGGUUGCGUUUUGGAGGGAGGUGGAGCAGAGACGCGCAACUGGCGCGGAGCAGGUCGGCCUGAAGGGGCUGGAGAAAGUGCUGGAAGAGGGGCCGAAGAAGAGGAAGUAAUGGUUUUAUUUGGUCUAUUGGUUUUUGUUUUUGUUUUUGGCGUACAUGUACACUCGGCGGGGGGGAAGCUAUAUAUUGCAAGAUUUUUUCUUUUUUCUUUUUCUUUCUGUUGCUGUUUUUGUUUCUGAGAUUUGGGGAGCUCAUCUGGUGCCUAGAGUAGUGCGUGCGUUCGUUCGUUCUUUGAUGCUUCUUGUGAUUUCUUUUGUCUAUCGUUGAAAGUACAGUAUGUACAAAUGGAUAUCCUCAUCACAACACAUUAAUCAACGGGCGGAUGUUAUACAUACAAGUUGGAUGCACGAAAACACCUGACGCCGGAGAAGUACAAGAGACUAUCUGCUUCGGUACUAU